GGGGCGAGCGGAGCGGGCGCCGGAUCCCAGGCCGCCGGGUCGGGCUCGGGCGCAGCUUGAGCGCUUUCCGCGGGGUUUGGCUCCUGUCGCUUCCCGUCAACAGAACCGGCCACGCCACCGCGGGAGCCGCCGCCAGGGAACUCGGAGCCGGGCGGCCGGGCGGGGCGGGGGCGCGGAGCGGCGGCUCCGGGACGUGGACGCAGAUGAAAAGAAGUGAAGAAUUGCCAAAUAAACAUACUGACCAAGAGGAAACAAGCAUUCUUCGUUGCUGGAAAUGUAGAAAAUGCAUAGUGAGUUCUGGUUCCUUCAUGAAUUACCUUGAGAGUCAAGUGAUUGAGGAUAGACAUGAAUCAGUCGAUGCUCAAAAUACUUGUCAUGUGUGGCACAUGAAUCUAGACGCUCUUCCAGAAUGGAUAAACUGCCAAAUACAAAAAGCCCAGUGGACAGUUGGAAAACUGAAUUGUCCUUUCUGCGGGGCCCGCUUAGGGGGCUUUAAUUUUGUCAGCGCUCCAAAAUGCUCCUGUGGCCAGCUUGCAGCUGUACAUCUCUCCAAGAGCCGGACUGAUUAUCAACCAGCACAGGCAGGCAGACUAAUGAGACCAUCGCUGGAGUACUUCUCACAUCCUCGAGUUCAGUCAGGUUGUGAUAAGGAAAUUCUGCUGACAGGUGGUGGCUCCAAAAUCAGAAAUCACAGGCUUUUAAACAUGGCCCCAAAUAAUAAUGGCCUUGGAAGAUUAACAGAAGCACUCUGCCUGGAGGUCCGAGCAACAUACUUUGAGAUGAAGAAUGAAAAAUUAUUCUUCAAAGCAUCAGAUCCAAAAUACCAGCUUUUUGUUCCCCAGCUUGUGACUGGCAGAUGCACUUCAAGAGCUUUUCACAGAAAAUCACAUAGUUUGGAUCUGAACAUCAGUGAGAAGCUGACUUUAUUGCCUACUUUAUGUGACAUCCAUAGUAAGACCACUACCUACCCCAGGCUGAAUGAAACACAACCUCUUGACCUCUCCGGCUUGCCUUUAUCAUCUGGUAAAAAUAGCUGCGCCUUUCAAAAUCCAUCCAGUUUUGAUCCCAAUAUGCUGCUGCAAAGAUUAUCAGUGGCUCCCAAUGAGACCCAGACACAAAGAGGAAGAGAAUUUCAGUGUGGUCUAGAAGCUUCUUCAGUGUACUCUGAUCAUGCUAAUACUAGCAGUCUGACUUUCCUGAUGGAUCUGCCCUCGGCCAGAAGGAGCAUGCUGGAGGCCUCAGACCAGGAAGAGCACCUCUACCCUCUGGACUUCCUGCACUCGGCCAGUUUUCCCUUGGGCACCAUUAACCACAGGCUGAAUAACAGAGAAAGGAGCAAGUUGAGGACUCUGAGAAGGAAACAGCGAAGGCAUGAAAGAUGGCUACAGAAACAGGGUCAAUACUCAGGAGUGGGAUUGCUGGAUCAUAUGACUUUGAAUAAUGAGAUGAGUACAGAUGAUGACAAUGAAUACACAGAAGAAAAGGACAGCUACAUCUGCGCAGUGUGUCUGGAUGUCUAUUUCAACCCCUACAUGUGUUACCCUUGCCACCACAUCUUCUGUGAGCCCUGUUUACGGACUCUGGCCAAAGACAAUCCUGCAAGCACCCCCUGCCCUCUGUGUCGGACAAUUAUUUCUAGAGUCUUUUUCCAGACAGAACUGAACAAUGCCACAAAGACAUUCUUUACUAAAGAAUAUUUGAAAAUAAAACAAAGCUUUCAGAAAUCCAGCUCUGCAAAAUGGCCUUUACCAAGCUGCAGAAAAGGGUUCCAUCUUUUUGGAGGAUUCCACAGACAUUCAGCUCCAGUUACAAGAAGACAGUUCCCACAUGGUGCUCACAGGAUGGACUACCUGCACUUUGAGGAUGACAGCCGUGGAUGGUGGUUUGAUAUGGAUAUGGUGAUCAUCUAUAUUUAUUCAGUGAACUGGGUCAUCGGAUUCAUUGUUUUCUGCUUUCUUUGCUAUUUUUUCUUUCCGUUUUAGGAAUUGUCAUACUCUACUACAAUUGAACAAUCGUAAAUAUAAAUAACAAUUGUGUAAACAUUAUUUUAAAGUAUGCUUUGAAGUUUUUAUGAUGUUGCAUUAUAUAAACUGUUGGUGUUUAUAGAAAGUCUGAGAAUAAUGGAUGUAUUUAUUAAUGUGUUUCAUGUAACAGUCUGUUUUUUCAGUAGCCAGUCUAUCUAGCACUUAGCACCAGUGCAGUAGCUGAUCUAUCCAGCACUUAGCAACAGUGCACUAUUGACUUCAUAUUCUCAGUUUAGGUCUUGGGGCACUAAUUUUACAAUGUCACUUUUAUACUUCUUUGAAUUGUAAAGACUGAGGUUUUUCUUCCAUCUAAAAAUAUAAAAUGAAAUGAUAAUCUGAAUAGGUAGUAUCCUUAUUAAUAAGAUGUUUGGUAAAACACUACUUAUUCUUGGGUAAAUGAUGUGCAUUAAAGAUAAACCAUACUCUCUGGGAACUAAUCAAACAGGGUAUAUUGCAUUUUGAUUUCCAGUUAUAUCUACUAUGUCUCUUCCUAGUACCAAAAAAUCUAACAAUCCAUUUUGUACAGACUUGAUCGCUUUGAUGCAACAUUUUUAACUAAUAUAACCAGCAGAAUAUUACAUGCAGUGAGACUAACCACUCAAUAGAUUCCUUAGCGAGCCAUAUUAACACGUUCCAAUUUCAGGAUGAAUCUCUUGAAGAAACAAUAACAAGAAAUCUGACUUUUAGUAAUCUAAAAUAUCAAUGCAUGUCCAAAAUGUAAUUAAUCUAGUGACUCACUUAACUAGAAGACUGUCAAAUAUAUUGUCCAUGUGCAAUAAAGAGUGGCUUUUACAUUUUU